GUUUUGCACUGUCAUAAAAGGCACAGGGACAGCGUCAGGGUACCAGAGUAGCAGGCAUGGGGAUGCUGGUACCCACGGCUCUGGCUGGGAAGAUGCUGAGUGCGUUCAGGCCGUCCCUGGGCUCUCUCUGGGGCAGCCUGGCCUCCCUGCUCUUUUGGCUGAGAGCAGCACUCUGGUGGCCAGCAGAGGAGAAGGGAUGCAAGCAGGUGGCCGGAGAACCACAGGGGAGCCCGGAGGCAAAAGGGGAGGACAGCACGGUUCCUACCAGUGUCAACUACCACUUCACUCGCCAGUGCAACUAUAAGUGCGGGUUCUGCUUCCACACUGCCAAGACGUCCUUCGUUCUGCCCCUGGAGGAGGCCAAGAAAGGGCUGCUUUUGCUUAAGCAAGCUGGGAUGGAGAAGAUAAACUUCUCAGGCGGGGAGCCAUUUCUGCAGGACCGAGGAGAGUACCUGGGCAAGCUGGUGAAGUUUUGCAAAGUGGAGCUGGGUCUCCCCAGUGUCAGCAUCGUGAGUAACGGCAGCUUGAUCCGGGAGAAGUGGUUCAAGGACUACGGUGACUAUCUGGACAUUCUUGCUAUCUCCUGCGACAGUUUCAAUGAACAUGUCAAUGUCCUCAUCGGCCGGGGCCAGGGAAAGAAGAACCACGUGGAAAAAUUACAGAAACUGAAUGAGUGGUGUAAGCAAUAUAAAGUGGCCUUCAAGAUCAACUCUGUGAUUAAUCGAUUCAACGUGGAUGAAGACAUGAGAGAACACAUCAAAGCGCUCAACCCUGUGCGCUGGAAGGUCUUCCAGUGCCUCCUGAUUGAGGGUGAGAACUGUGGGGAAGAUGCCCUGAGAGAGGCAGAAAGAUUCGUCAUCAGCGAGGAGGAGUUCGAGGCCUUUCUGGAGCGUCACAAAGAGGUGCCCUGUUUGGUGCCUGAGAGCAACCAGAAGAUGAAAGACUCCUAUCUCAUUCUGGAUGAAUAUAUGCGCUUCCUGAACUGCACACAAGGGCGCAAAGAACCUUCCAAGUCCAUCCUGGAUGUGGGCGUGGAGCAGGCGAUUAAGUUCAGCGGCUUUGAUGAGAAGAUGUUUCUCAAGCGAGGGGGGAAGUAUGUGUGGAGCAAGGAAGACAUGAAGCUGGACUGGUGAUCCAGACGGUGGGAGAAGAUGCCCACCCUCCUGCCCACAGAUGGGCACCCGUGGAUCCUCCGUGGAUCCAUCCUUGCUGGAGUCGAUGCCCGAGGCUGGAUCCCCUGCCCUGUGACAGCCCUGGGAACCUAGGGCUGAGAGGGCUGCCCGAGUGCAGACUGCACCUGGGUUUAUUCCACCAGAGCCGCUGUACCAUGGGACAUAGGCAGUGAAUUCCGAAUCCCUUAAAUAGGAUGCAGUCUGAGUCCAUGUGAGAAAAAUCAAUCGCUUCUUUUUGUAGCUGGAAGAAAAAUUCUGCCAGAGGCUCACAUAAUCAAAAUCUUCUUGUGGUGAUACGAAAUUGUGUAGUUUCCUUAGGUAACCUACAUACUGUCUCACUCCUAGAAAACAGUCAUAUCCUGUAAUUAUUUCAAAAAAGCUAAAUCAUUGAUUUUACUUUUUGUUUUGUUUGCCAAAGCAUUUAAUUCAUCUGCAAUUCCAGUGCCUGACAGAAGAGGGCACGUAGAUGUUUGGUUUCAUUCUUUUGUUCCAGAAAUUCUGCUUCAUAAUCUGUUUUCAGGACUCAUUGAUGUUUGAAUUACUGAGUUGUGAUUUUUUUGGAGGACGCAACAUCCCUACCUCAAGUUUUAAGGCUUUAUAGUUCAAUUUACGUAUGAGUGUGUCAUAUUCAAAACAGGAUAGGUUAUCCUGUAUUUUCUACUUUAUGGACUUUUUAAGAGAACAUUGAAUCAGAAAGUCCCUCCUCCCCACUGAUCUUAAGAGGACCCGAGCAAACUGGUCAUAAAACAAAGUGUUCAGCUCACCAAAGGCAUUCCAUGGCGUAUAGCAGGUGCUCACCCAGUGCAAUCAGAAGUCAAAUCCAAAUCUGGGGCCCCAUCUUUUCUAGUUGGAGGAAACUAUUUUUCUUUCCCCUAAGGUACAUAUAAUGCAAGUUAAACAAAAUCACACCUGAGAAAAAACCUACUUUAGCACAUUUUCUAGCUGUGUAUUUUUAUUACAGUAUUGUUUUAUGCAAUGUCAUGAUUUGCAAUGAUUUUGCGAUUAACAUAUUUCAGUGCCCUUCUUUCUUCGAGGGGAAGAGUAGGAACUUUUCCUAUCACAGGAAAACCCAAGCUUGGCUUAUACAAUGUUUUGAGGUUUAUUUUUUCUACUUUUAAUACAAGUGUUAACUUUGUGAAAUACGCUGUUUCUUGGGAAAAUAAAGAAAAAUAUAACUGCUGUAUCUUGUGUGUUAAGGGCAAGUGUUUUCAAUGACUGCUUUAAGUUUGGAGGGUGACACCACGAAAGGAAUUUCAUCUUUAGAAGCCCAGGACAGGUAGUAGGCUAAGGGCCUUGAAAGUGCUCAUUAUCACUGUUGUGAUAAGACAGAUGCCUCUUUUCUUUCAAGUUUGAAUUCCAGUGAGUUUAUUUGGCUGAAUUAUCUAAUAAAAAAGACUCAAGUCUGUUUUUACUGGCAACUGCUGUCUAAUUGUUGCAUAGAUUAAAAUCCCAGUCAGUCAGGCAUGGUGGUGCAUGCCUAUAAUCCCAGCAUUUCUGGGAGGCUGAGGCAGGAAGAUCAUGAGGCAGAGCCCAGCCUAUACAAUUUGGUGACUUUGAUUCUGGCUUGAUAUUAAUUAAUUAAUUAAAGGGCCAAGGAUGUUGCUCAACUUGAAAACUCUGAAGGAAAAGAAAACAAGAAGAAAUAAAUGAAAAGACAGUAAUGAGAAGAAGCCCAAUUUAAGAGAGGCAGUAAAGUUUCUUUCAUCACUAAGAUAUCACACAUCUACUCUUGCUGAAGGGGCUCUGUCCAAUGAGCAAUGAUUACAAAGACGGUUGUGCUGCGGGGUUUGGAAGCCUGUUUUGUGUAGCGAGGUUAUGGUUUGGGCGGGUGCCUGUAUUUCUGUAUGUGGUGCUCUCACACACUGAUCUAAUGUAUGGAUAUGCUGCAGUUUAUUAAAGUCCUUCAAUGCA